AUGCCGAUCGUAAACGUGGUUCUGGGAGUGGUAAUUCCGUGGAGGAGAACUCGUGCCAAGUAUGAACAGAACUGGGAUAAGAGGUUGAGAUUCUGGUUCUGCUGCACCUCCUCGGGAGAAACACAAGAUAGUGCCUUUUCAGACAUUGCCAUCCUCUUCUCCGAGUUCUUUCGAGACCUGGACGUCGUUCCCACCGACGUCCUGGCGGGUCUUAUGCUCCUCAGGGAAGAGCAGAAGCAACGGAGAAGAGCCAUAGAGAACUCGCCUCAGAACAGUGUCUUCAAGUUCUUGUCAGGUGUUGCUGUAACACCUGAGACCAAGUUCCUGGACUUCCAUAAAUCUGAGGACAUGGAUCUGUUUGAAGAGCUUCAUUAUUAUUUCAAGUUUGCUGCUGCAUCCUAUGGUUGGAAGGGCUAUGUGAUGGUCUACGGUGCUGAAGGAUGCUGUACAAUGACAAGAGAAUGCCGAUGCUGUUGUUUUAAAAGAAGACGUCACUACCACCUAGACGAGACGUCCGACCCGGAUGCCGACAACUGCUGCAUGUGCAACUUUGCCGCCCUGAAGAAGAUGUCCGGCCUGAGCAACAACGACAUCAUCUACGCAACAUUCCAUGUCUCGGUGUGGGAGACGCCGUUCUUCGUUGCUCUUGAUCACGAAAGAAGUCGAGUGGUCGUUUCUAUCAGGGGUACGCUGUCUGUUGCUGACAUAGUGACAGACUUGAGUGCAGACACAAGCCCUAUCUCCAGUCAAGAUGAAUCAUCACCAUACCAAGGCCAUAAGGGUAUGGUUGAAGCAGCUAACUAUAUCAAGAGAAGAUUGAUAGAUGAUAUGUUACUACACCAAGCUUUCACAUCAGAUGAGGCAAGGGGAACGCAAAAUUAUGAAUUGCUGUUGGUUGGCCAUUCAUUGGGAGCCGGUACGGCGGCCAUCUUGGGUAUCAUGCUACGACCAGAUUAUCCCUCACUCAAAGUUUAUGCCUACUCUCCUCCUGGAGGAUUACUAUGCAAGGAAUCAUCUGAGUAUGCUGCUGAGUUUGUAACCUCUCUAGUAGUCGGCAAGGAUGUUGUUGCUAGGAUAGGUCUCUCUCAGAUGGAGUUCCUCAGGGCUGAUCUUCUUAACUGCAUCAAGAUGUGCAGAGAUCCCAAAUGGAGGGUUAUAAUGGGUGAGCUCCUAUGCUGCUGCACCGUUCACUCCAAAAACCUGGCCCCCGUCGAAGAUGUGGACACGCCGUCUCCGUUUCCGUGUCGACUCGACAAAGCCUUCCAUCCCACAAACCACGCCCUGGUGCUGUCGACGCACAGCCCCCUCUACCUACCAGGGAGGGUGCUGCAGAUCGUCAGGAAUAACCACAAGAGAGAGGGUAUCAGUAAGAAAGAUUGUGCUUACUAUGGUAUCUGGAGAGACCUCGAGGAUUUCAGUGAGGUUCUGAUUUCACCGGUAAUCAUCAAGGAUCAUCUCCCAGGAGGUGUCAUGACAGCCUUGGACAAGUGCAUGGAGUACGGGAAGAGACACGGUCUACCAAAGCGCUGGUCGCAGGUCGGGAGGGCCCCCAUGAGUCCCCCAUCCCCAAGUCAAGAGUUCAACCAACCACCUUCUUCAUCGUCAUCUCAUUCAUCAUACCUGCAGAUGAAACCAGCGAGAUCAACAAGAGAGGGCGCUCACACUGUACAUUUCCAGGAUUCUCCUUCCAAAUCAUCAGGGUCUUCCAACAAAUCCUCACCUACCAGAGGAUGGGGAAACAAAGCUUCAGAAUCCAACAACAACCUAUUGCCUUCAGGUCUACCCUCAACCCCAGAAGAGCAGGUGCCGUUCUUGUCGCAAUCCUCAGAACAGUCUAUUCCUGAUGAUAAACUAAGAACUAAUUCCCAAAACGAAUGGCCCAAAACAACUCUUACGAACCUUGCCUCAAACUUUUCAAGCGAGGGCGCUGCAGCGCACGAGCGUCUAGCCCCACUGGCCAGCAGCGAAUCCUACACGGAGACGGAAUCCGUAAGGUCUUCCAUCUCCUCCACCAGCUACUCUUCCGUUCUCAACCGCUUCGAGACGUCCCCAACCACCAAAGAUGAGGGAUACUGCUACUAUGUCACGAACGAGUCCGAAUCGACCUUGAAUAAAAAUACCGAAGAUUCCGGGGACGACUCAGAGAAACCAAAUGCUAUAAGGACUACAGCUACCAUUGAAUCAAUGCCGUGUAACCAUGACAACAAGGUUGAGGCGCCCGUUAAGACGUCACCACCGUUAGUCGGACCUUGGAGUUUAUUCCGUGGGGGUAACAGUCAUAUGUUUGACGAAGAGGGUAACGUGAAGGGGCGGACCUCCGCGGAUGACAGGUACACGUUAACCUAUGAUGGGAUGGAUCUGGAUCCUAAUACCGGUAGCGAGGGGGGCACGGAUUCACCCCUCUCCUCAAGACCACAAUCCAAUGUGGGAACCUCUGCUACCCAGCCAUACCUCCCUGAGGCCAAGCUAGGUCACGGCUACACCGAGUACCUCCCCGUCAGUCCUGAUGCCGAUGACGACAUCGACGACGAAGCCCUCUUCGCUUCCCUCCGACCAGGGCUGUACGAGAACCACAGCGAAAAAUCAAGAAAGAGCUAUACUCUGCCCAUCGGAUCAAGUCUUCCACCGUAUGGAGAUGACCUAGGGGUCAAAGGAGGGUCGCCGGUGGUCAUUCCGAGGAGGAGGAGGAGUUUGGAUACGGUGUCGUCGUCGACGUUGACGUCGGGUAGUUCACAUAGUUCACCUCAGCGGCAAGGAGAGGCAAAGACUAUCUCCUUAGAUGUUCUAUGACAGAGAUUCAGAAGGAUUUAACAAAAUUUUUGUGAGAAAUUUUAAUAAUAAUAAUGAUACUCUUACAAAUAUUUCCAAUACUUAUGUGUUUAAAUUUAUAGUCAAUUACUUUAGUACAAUACUGACAUCAGCAGCAGCAGUCACUUGAUUUGUGUACACAGGAGAAAAAGAUUACAAUGGUAAACAUCCUUAAUGAUGCAUUCUAUUGAUAUUAUGGAUUGUGUAAACUGGACCUUGCACCUUUCAGAUAUGCAGAAUGUUGUCAGUAACCUUUUCAAUGCCUAAAUAUAUUUUAGGAAUAUAUACAUGUACUUUAAAAAUGAGAAGACGAGUAUAUAAAACAACUAUAGAUUACCAAAGUGAUGAUGUCACAUAAAAGCUUUUUUUUCAUUUCAGCAUUUUUGAUACCUUAUUUUGAUAGCGCAUG